AUGGUAAACGAAGUGACCCCUGCAAAGGGGCCGUUGUCCUCUCGAAAACCGGACGAACAGAUACAGGAAGCCGUAUCAACUCCAGAAUUCGGAAAGCCAACUCCUCUACGAUCUACUCAAACGACAUCACAAAUUCCUUUCAAUAUACCCAAGAACAACCGCCCACGAGUCGAGCAUCACCGUCCUCCUACACAUCAAGUUCAUUAUAUUCCGUCUGAGACCGGUGGGUCGCGUAUAACGCAGCAAAGCACGUCGAAGCAGCCUUUCAACCCAUUCAAGCCCGUCGUCCCAUCAACAUAUACAAGCCAAGGAUCAGUCCCUGUCUCUAGGACAUAUGACGAUGUUGUCGGUAUCAAACGCCCCUCGCAGUUCACAUGGAACACGAAGCCGGCAGCACCUCCCAUUUUCUCAUCGAAUCCUUCGGGACCAACAAAGCCUUCGGCUGCCUCGAAAACCUUACAGAAUUUUAUCGAUCUCACAAAAGCCGGUGAUGCGAAUAGAUUUGGACAACCAUCUUACCAGCGGGAGUUUAGCUCGGCGGACACAUAUUCAUACAUUGACUCGGCUAAAGCACAGGAGAACAUUAAAGCAUUACUUGAAGGUGCUUUUGAAGAUGAAGAAGAUAAACCUAGGACAAGAGCUAGGAAGAAGAAAGUAGAGGCUGAUAUCAAUGACUUGGCUGCUAAGCUCCAGCAGGUUUCUGUCGGUUCUGACGAGAAGCAGACAAAGGAGGCUGGGCCGGAAGACGAUGAAGAGGAGGAAGAAGAGGAAGUGGACGAUGGUACUCGAGAGGGCUUAAAGGUCAAGCUACUACCACAUCAGAUUGAAGGUGUCGAAUGGAUGUGUGAAAAGGAGAAUGGGCAGAAGAAGACACGUGGUGUGCUGCCUAAAGGAGGCAUCCUUGCAGACGAUAUGGGCCUGGGAAAAACGAUCCAAUCAAUCGCAUUGAUUCUUACGAAUCCGAGACCAUCUAGACAGAAAACUAAAGACGGCGAGAAAAAUGACACCAAGAAGCAAUUACCAGAAGGAGUUGAUAAGUGUACAUUGAUCGUCGCCCCCCUAGCUUUGAUCAAGCAAUGGGAAUCGGAGAUUGCGGACAAGAUCGAAAAAACUCAUAAACUGCGAGUGUGCGUCUAUCACGGAGCUGGUCGUACCAAGUUCAGCGCGGACCUAAAAGACUAUGACGUGGUCAUCACAACCUACGGCACACUCAGUUCAGAGCAUGGCGCUUCUGGAAAAGGCAACGUUGGCUGUUUUAAUAUUCACUGGUAUCGAGUCAUCCUUGAUGAGGCUCAUACCAUCAAGAACCGAAAUGCGAAAGCUACUCAAGCCGCUUGUGCUCUAAACGCACAAUACCGUUGGUGCCUUACUGGCACACCUCUGCAGAAUAACCUAGAUGAGUUGCAGAGUUUGAUCAAGUUCCUACGCAUCAAGCCUUUUGAUGAACUCGCUACAUGGAGAGAGCAAAUCACUCAACCCCUCAACAAUGGACGUGGAGGACUCGCCAUCAAACGACUGCAGAUCUUCUUGAAAGCUUUCAUGAAGCGACGAACCAAGGAUGUGCUGAAGUUGAAUAAUAACUUGAAACCUGGGGGCGGCAACGCAGAGGGUGGAAGCAACCAAUCAUCAACCGGGUUUCAAAUUGUCAAGCGUGAAGUUGUCGAGGUUGAAGCCGAAUUCACACCGGCAGAAGUCGAAUUCUAUAAUCGACUAGAACAGCGAACAGACCGACGACUCUCACAGAUGAUGGGAGGAUCUAAGCUAGACUAUGCCAGUGCUUUAGUCAUGUUGCUUCGACUCCGUCAAGCGUGCAACCACCCUGAUCUUGUCAAAAGCGACUUAGCAGAAGACAAGGAUAUCCUACUGAACAAUGUCGAUAAGAACAAGUCUGCUAAGAAAGACGACGAUCUUGACAAAGUCGCCGACCUUUUUGGCGGUCUCAGUGUCGUCAGCAGAAAAUGUGAUAUCUGUCAAGUUGAACUAACUGCUGGCGAAUCAGAAACCGGGGCGAGCAGAUGCAGUGAAUGUGCAGAUUUGGACAUUGAGUUGAAAUCGGAUAAGAAGAAAAAAUCUAAGAAGCCAAAGUCUAAGAAGCACAAAGAGUCAAAACCCGCAUCACAGGAACCCGAUACCCGCAAAGUGCGAGCUAGAAGAAACCUCCCUGACAUCGAAGACAGUAGCGAAGAUGAGGACGAUGGCGAGUGGAUCGUCCCCAAGGGACAAAGACCCUCGACAAAUCUCGGCACGGCUGGAGGUUCUGAUGAUGAGGAUGCAGAAGGUGGAGGAGAGUGGAUUGGGUCUGAUGAUUCCCACACUGAAGACGAGGAUGAAGUGAUCAGCAUCUCCGACUCUGACGAGGAAGAAGAAUACGAAGAAGAGGACGAUGAUGAAUAUGAUGGACCUGACAUUGUACCUUCCACCAAGGUCCGAGCGCUGAUUCGAAUCUUGAGAAAGGAGGCACCAGAGUAUAAAUUCAUUGUCUUCUCUGUGUUCACGCAGAUGCUAGACAAGAUUGAGCCUUUCCUAAAACGCGCAAAGCUUGGUUAUGCUCGGUAUGAUGGCAGCAUGAGGAAUGAUCUACGGGAGGCUAGUCUUGAGAAACUACGCAACCACUCCAACACACGAAUUCUAUUAUGUAGUCUACGAGCAGGUGCGUUGGGUCUCAAUCUCACUGCAGCUAGCCGUGUGGUCAUUCUAGAGCCAUUCUGGAAUCCUUUCGUGGAAGAACAAGCCAUUGACCGCGUCCACCGACUAAACCAGACCAUUGAUGUCAAAAUCUACAAGAUAACCAUCAAAAACACCGUCGAGGAACGAAUCCUAGACCUCCAAGAACGGAAACGCGAACUAGCCAACGCGACGAUUGAAGGCAAGGCUGCCGCCGGAAAACUCACCAUGCAGGACAUGAUGGCUCUCUUUGGACGAGAAGCAGAAGCCCGGUUGGAUCAUGAGCGUGGCGCGCCGGAUCUUACGUCAAAGACGAGGCUGCUUGUCUCGAAGAAUGAGGAUGAUUCGAUUUCUACUGGGACGGGUAGUUCGUGGUCAUUGCCGUCUAGUCAGUCGAGCUCAAAGGAUGUGAGACGCAAACAAGACCGGCAGACGGGUCGACAGGAUGACACGGUAUAUGGACGAAGAUGGUGAUUUCGUCAUUUGCUAUGCAUGUUAUCAUGCUUGGGACUUUCUUUUUUUUUCGGUUCGGCAGGUUUCAGGUGUAAAUGGUUGUGGUACUGUCAGGACGACGGUUAGGGUUACGUCUGGAUAUUAUCACUGUGACAUAUUUCGAUAUAAUUGUAGAAUUUUUUUUCAUUCGAUUC